UUAAUUUUAGUUUUAGUCCCUAUUCUAUAUCAAAUUUUGUGAUUUAGUAACUGAAUAAUGGUUCUUUUCUGCAUUGUUUCAGGUGGCACAAUUACAAGUGGAAUUGAGACGCAUGAGUGCCGAGAACCAGAAGCUAAAAGACAUGGUGAGUACUGUUAACAACAAUUACACUGCUCUUCAAACGCGCCUCGCAUCCUUAAUGCAACAUCAAAGAAAUCGGGGCGGAGCCGAUAACACCGAAGAAGGAAACCGAGGAAUCGGUAGAGAAGAAAGCCCCGAAUCCAACAAAGCUCGAAAGCUGAAUCCGAUGAAGCCAAUUGAUCAAUCCGGUACCGAGUCUACCAUGAGAAAAUCUCGUGUCUCUAUCCGAGCUCGAUCAGAAGCUCCCAUGAUAAGUGAUGGAUGUCAAUGGAGGAAUUACGGACAAAAGAUGGCGAAAGGAAAUCCCUGUCCUCGAGCUUAUUAUCGAUGUACAAUGGCAGUUGGAUGCCCCGUCAGAAAACAAGUAUGUUUCAGGGUUCGUUGAACUUAGGUUUAAAUGUUG